GUGUUACGCAACUUAUUAUGACAGGAAAGCAACGACACGUAAAGUGAGUUUGGAAGGGUUCGCUCUCUGGAACAACCUGCAUUGUGUUGGAUGGUGUUGGAAACAUUCUUGGUGCCUGCUCUAACAUGUGGGCGCACUCCAGUUGUGCGCUCUCGCCGGAGAGGCUUUCUGUUGGGAAGUUUCUGUAAGUGAGUCAACACGGCACAGGGAGGACGCCACCCAGCCCUGCCGCUGGAUCCAAUGCUGGGCUUCUUUCUUGUCCUCCGAGGGCGCAGGACACAAAGACAACUUCACUUCCACUUCUUCGCAACAACUGGGGAUUUAGUUUUGAACGUUCGCACGCCUGGGAUGGUUAUUGCCGUUUUGACGCGGCUUUUUCCUCGUUGGAAUUAACGCGGCAGAGGAGAAAUGAAAGUGACGGUGUGUUUCGGGAGGACCCGGGUGGUCGUUCCGUGUGGAGAUGGGAGUAUAGAAGUCCACAACCUUAUCGAACAAGCGGCCAUGAGAUAUAAGAAGGCGAUUGCAAAGGACCCCAGCUACUGGGUUCAGGUCCACAGGUUGGAACAUGCAGAUGGAGGCAUUUUGGACCUGGAUGACAUGUUAUGUGAUGUGGUGGAUGACAAAGAUAGGCUGGUAGCAGUAUAUGAAGAGCAAGAUCCUCACAAUGGAGGCGACGGUACCAGUGCCAGCUCCACAGGUACCCAGAGUCCUGAACCCUUCGCUAGCGAUUUGAGUUCAGCAUCAGCCUUCCAGCCCUACCAGGUCAACAGUGAGAUCGAGGUCACUCCAUCUGCUCUGCGAUCCAACAUGCCUCUCCAUGUCCGUCGCAACAGUGAUCCCUCCCUGGCUGACAUUGCUCCGGGCGAAGUCCCGGUUGGUCCAGAGGAACCGUCCAGAAAAAACCCAACUCGCUGGUCCACAACUGCUGGCUUCCAAAAGUACAACCACAAACCAAACACAAGCACUGAAACCGGCAGCCUGGAACAAAAGGGUAGAGGAGGCCAUGCCUAUCGGAGUCUUCCUCGUGAUGCGAGUGGCUGGACCACUCAGUUCCAGAGAGAGAUGACUCGAUCUUCCCUCAGUGCCAACCAUCCAAUGGUGGACAGAUGGCUUGACCGACAGGAACAGGAAGAGGAGGAAGAUGAGCGAAGGAAACAAGAAAGGAGGAUUGAGCGGAUCGAGCCAGUAGGGAGGGCCGAUUCGUCACUGGAACAUUCACCUGUGUUAAGCCUAGAAGGCAUGCUCAAGCCGGUCGAGGUGUCCAAUGAAGGAGGGCCCUUGGGGAUCCACGUAGUGCCUUUCAGUUCGCUGGAUGUCAGGACUCAGGGCUUGCUAGUGAAGCGUCUGGAACCUGGUGGCAAAGCUGAACAGGAGCAUCUCUUCCAGGAGAACGACUGUAUUGUCAAAAUUAACCAGGGAGAGAUUCGCAACCUGCGGUUCGAACAAGCCCAGAACAUUUUCAAGCAGGCGAUGCGUUGUCCGGUGAUCGUCUUUCACAUAGUCCCCGCAGCCAUGAAGAGGCAGUAUGAGCUGCUUUUGGCCCAGACCGAACUCAGCCCGCCCCAGUCCACCAGAGUCCGCUUUAGCCAAGACUCUCAGCAGCCGGGAGACAGGUCCAGCCUGGUGGGCGGGCUGAUGUCCAGAUCUGCACCACAACCAGGCCUCAAUCACAACCACCAGGGACCAUUGGGAGGAAGCACCCCAGAGCCAAACCGACGGUACACCACAUUACCCCAAACCUUGGUCUCUAGAACCUCACCAACGCCCUCCCCCUCCCUGCAGCGCAGAGUUAGCACAAACCCAUCCACCAGCUCCUACCUAAAGACCAAAGGCCGCAGAUUCAACAUCCAGCUGAAGAAAGGUCCUGAGGGUCUUGGGUUCAGCAUCACAUCCAGAGAUGUCCCUAUUGGUGGCAGUGCUCCCAUUUAUGUCAAAAACAUCCUUCCUCGAGGGGCCGCCAUCCAAGAUGGACGAUUAAAAGCUGGAGACCGGCUGCUGGAGGUUAGUGGAGUGGACCUGAAUGGUAAGAGCCAGGAAGAGGUGGUGGCUGUGCUCCGAGCCACGCCCAUGGGUGGCACUGUAAACCUGUUGGUGAUUCGCCAAGAGGACUCCCUGCUGCCCCGAGAAGUGCAGCAAGAGGAAGAUGACAUGGUGUUAACCCCUGAUGGUACGCAAGAGUUCAUGACCUUUGAGAUCCCUCUGAGUGACUCGGGCUCAGCAGGCCUUGGGGUCAGCGUCAAGGGUAACCGGUCCAAGGAGAACCAUGCCGACUUGGGGAUCUUUGUGAAAUCUAUUAUUAAUGGAGGUGCUGCUAGCAAGGAUGGGCGUCUACGAGUCAAUGACCAACUCAUUGCAGUCAACGGGGAGUCGUUGCAUGGGAUGACCAACCAGGACGCAAUGGAAACGCUGCGCAAAUCCAUGUCUGUAGAGGGCAACAAGCGAGGGAUGAUUCAGCUCAUCGUGGCCCGACGUGUGUCCAAAAACAAUGAGGAAGCCCCUGGCAGCCCUCCGAUUUUAGAGCUUCCCGUGAACUCUCUACUGGACAACCAUGAGCGCCGGAUUUCCCACUCCCUCUAUGAAACCAUCGAAGGCCUGGACAACAUCUCCACACCGUUGACUAAUAUGAUUGGACGCAUUGGUAACUACCAGCUCUCUCCGACUGUGAACAUGCCUCAGGACGACAUAGUGAUGAUCGAAGAUGAUAGGCCGCCCCUGCUUCCUGCCCACCUUUCCGACCAAUCAUCCUCCAGUUCCCACGAUGACAUUGGCUUUGUGGGAGAGAACCCGGUGCCCUGGAUCCACGAGCUGCCCGAUCAGAAUGAAUGUUCGCUCAGUCCAGAUGCAGACCCUGAUGGUUCGUUUCAGAGGGAAGGUUUUGGCCGCCAGAGUAUGUCAGAAAAACGCACCAAACAGUAUGAAAAUGCUUCUGAGCUGGAGAUCAUCAGGAAUCGCAAGUCCAAAAGCAUGGAUCUAGGUUCUGCAGAACAAGAGGUAGGACCCUCACUGGGCCUGAAAAAGUCCAGCUCCCUUGAAAGCCUCCAGACAGCUGUUGCCGAGGCAACCCUGAAUGGUGAACUCAACGUCCGCAGGCCGCGCUCACGGAUCGUCAGGGGCCGUGGCUGCAAUGAGAGUUUCCGAGCUGCAAUUGACAAAUCAUACGAGAAGGCUGGUGUCACAGCGGCAGAAGAGGAGAACAGCAUGGAGAUAUUGGACGAGGACACAGAGGGAAGUUCCAGAUCAGGUCGUGAGUCGAUGUCCACCAGCGGCGACCUCAAUGUGGGCCCUGGGCUGAACGGCAACCUCUCCAAAGAUGACAGACAGAAAGAUCAGGACAAGGCUGGGGGGAAGGAGAAGAAGAAACCUGAAAGGGAAAAAGAGAGGGAGAAAGACAAGGACAAGAACAAAGCCAAGAAAGGCGUGCUGAAGGGCCUGGGUGAGAUGUUCAGGUUUGGAAAGCACCGGAGGGAUGAGCGGCCAGGAGACAGGAUGGAGAGGAAGGGCUCCAGUAAAUCUAAAGUCGAGGACAUGCAGGCGUCAGAAGAGGAGACCCUGCGGAUGAGGCUGGAACAAGAGAGAAUACAGGCCAAGACAAGGGAGAUUCGGGAGAGGCAGGCAAAGGAGAGGGACUAUGCCGAAAUCCAAGACGUUGUCAGUCGCACCUUCAGCUCAGAUGAGGAGCAUACGUACGCUGGCAUCGGAUCAUUAGACUCGUCGGUGGAUAGCAGCAGCAUGGAGCCUUACAACCACCACUACCAUCUCCCUCAGAGUCCCCAGAGCCCUCACCUUCCCUUGAGCCUUCAGGACAAUGGUCCACCCCUCGAGGCUCUGUAUGCCCAGGUCAACAAGCCACGCAAUGGACGCCCUGCAGCUCCAGACAGCAGCCAGGUGGCUCCCAGUAACCAUGACCGGAUACAAAGGCUGAGGAACGAGUUCCAGCAGGCCAAGCACGAGGAGGACAUUGAGGACCGUCGGCACACCUACAGUUUCAACCAGUCUCGGGUGAGCAAUGGGACGGAGACACAGAGCGGACGCCAUUCAGUAACAGUAGUUGAGACUCAGGUCCAGAAACAAGAGGACAGGGAUGGUUUCCAGCAAGCACACAGGCAGUACAGCUCCCUUCCACGGCAACCUCGUAAGAACCCUGGCAUAGUGUCCCAGGACUCAUGGGGCAAGAUGUACAUGCCAGCAGUCGGAUUCCAGACAUCCAAGGAGAACCCUCGCUACUCCAGCAGCCAGGGAUCACAUAACGGCUACCUGGGAACAUCCAGCUUCAACGCCCGUGUUCUCUUAGAGACUCAGGAGCUGCUGAGGCAGGAGCAGAGACGCCGAGAGCAGGAGGCCAACAAGGCGAGGCCACCUCCCGCACAGGAAACCCCCAGCGGCAGCACCUAUGACCACAAGAGAGACCCCACUCAGGCCCCCGGCUCUGCCCCGAUGCAGGCCCCACCUCAAUCCAAGGGCCCCUACAGACAAGAUGUACCCCCUUCACCUUCUCAGCUCGCCAAGCUCACCAGGCUUCAUGGUUCAGAGAAAGGGAGGCUGUUUUACUCCUGAGAAAGUGACAAGGAACUGGAAAAUAGAACUUUUGGGAGAUUAACAACAAUACAUAGAGGGCAAUGAGUCUAUUUCUGUUUUGUUUUUUAAAAUGCUGAGAUACAAAGAUUUUUAUGGGACUGUUAUGGGACUGUUGAUAGACAAUGUUAAUAUUUAAGAAAAUAUUUUUUACGAUAUGAACCAUUAUAAUUUGUAAUUGUAUAAAAAGAAAUGAUUUGAGAUGUUUUACUGUCCAGCGAUGUGAUCAUCUAAUACGUGAAUAAGUGCCUAUUAGUCCAUCGAUUGUUCACCUUUUGUAAGCAUCAGGUCCAUUUUUUUUGCUUGUGACACUUUCUAUCUUAUAAAUUUAGGAGUGCAGACUGCACAGAGCAGACUGCAUCAGAAGCCCCAAGCACAUGGCAUGGCCCAGGCAUGUUUUUGUACUACUCUGGUGCUGGUGGGGAUCUCAGUCGAUUCCACACUGGUGUAAAUGAGGCUUAUUUUUCCUAUUCAUGGGGACUUUGUUGAGCACUACGUGUUUAUGUGAGCAUGUACAGUGUGCUUGUGUGCACAUGUGUGUGAGUGCUGGCAGGAGUUGGCAUGUAGUGACAGUGUCACAGAGUGUUGAGGUUAAGCAGCUUGUGUGAACUAUGAUGUCAGAGUUUUGGGCCUGACCGCUCAUUCCUCACCCUGUCCCCCAGUUCUGGGAAUUGUCCCUUUUGGUUUCAGAAACAACAUUUACACAGAGUGUGUAUCCUCUUUCUAGCCCUCUCAUGUAUUUUCCAAUAUAAUAAUCCUGAAUUCUC